AUGAUUCUUUUUGAUGCCGAAAGGACUUGGAAAGCCAUGGCAUCAACAGUCGAUAUGGGUUUGGCCCAUCACAUUGGCGUUUCCAAUUUUAGCACCCAUAAACUUGGAAGAAUUCUCGCAAAUCACCGCAUCAAACCGGAAGUCAAUCAGGUGGAAUGUCACCCCUAUCUGCAACAAAAACACUUGGUGCAGUUCUGCAGAAUGAAUGGAAUUCUUGUUACCAACUAUUCCAGUAUGGGAUCGGGUGAUCGCCCCGCAGCAUUCAAACCCAAAGGAGAACCCGUCUUGUUGGAAGAUGCCAUGGUAAAGGAAGUGGCAGCUGCCGUGGGUGCUACUCCUGCCGGUGUCUUGUUGAAAUGGGGUAUCCAACAGGGUUCUGCGGUCAUCCCAAAGUCGGCCAAUCCUGAUCGUCUAAAGCAAAACUUGGAGGUUCCAGAAACUGUCCAAUUGGACGAUGCCGCCAUGGAGAAACUGAACGCCAUGGAUAUACAUCGUCGUUAUGUAGAUGGCGCUUUUUGGGCACUAUCAGGAAGCGCUUACACGGUCGAGACCUUGUGGGACGAAGUAGGAGAUCCAUUUCAAGAGGAACUCUAG